CAAAGCGUGGUGAUAACGGAGAGGUAACUAUGGUAAAAAUAGACUACAUCGUAGAACACCUCUCUGACUGAACACUGCGAUGCCCCAUAGUCUGAGAGCAAUCGCGUCAGACAGACGACCCGUUUUGUUCAAGAAGGCUGGAAUAUGAAAGAGUGCUACAUUUUCGUGUUGGCGCUGGUGCUGUUAUCCCUGGCCUUGUUGUUCUCUUUGUGUCUCAAUGUCAUCUUUUGCAUCAGACGCAGAGCGAUCUGGUGCAGAGACACUGAUACGUGCAGCAACCCACAAAUUUAUGACGGAGAAAGCCUGUCACAGGAUAUAGGGCAUUAUAUUCAUAACCUCAAUCAUCAUGAGCUGCAGGAAAAUCCCCACAAUCAUAAUGAGGAGCUGGAAAAUCCAAUAUAUGGCAACAUCAGCAUAGAGAGAAGAGGUUCUGUCGAGGUUUGCUACGAGAUGAUGACCAUGCGGCACAUGAGAGACCGUAUGAAGCCUCUGGAGCCUGACCUGAACUACGCCUCGCUGGAUCUGAAGCUGGCAAAAAAUAAGCAAAGGAAGAAGAAGAAUUACCAGCAGCAAGGCCGCGCUCAGAGGCGAGGCAAGCUGCAGAACCAGCUGUCGCUCCACCCCGAGGCCCCCGCGAACACUUUCUCGGAGGUGGAUGCGGACAUGGAUGCUCAGCUUCCUCCCAGAGACGCCAGCAUCAUGGUUUCGCACAGCAGCAUCUACCUCAACAGUCAGCAGAUCGCCCAAGAAACGGAGGACAUGGAAAGAGAAAGGGGUUUAGACGUGGAGGGCUGGAAGGCUGGAAGUGGAGAAUGGAAAGUAGAGCAAGAGAGUGAGGAGCGAAAAGAUUAUAGUAGUAAUGGGAGCGUAUGUACACAGCUGUCAGAGGUGGAAGCUAUUCUGAAUGUCCAAGAAGAUUAGACAGACAUCAUGUUGAGACUGUGUUCUUAUUUAAAACUGUUCAGAAGUGAAAAGGCCACCUGAGAAAAAAAAAAAAAGCCCCCCCCCAAAAAAAAAUCCAUAACUGUGCCUAGAGCAGUGAAAACCAUCUCAUAUUCAAUAUUCAAAGGCCUUGUUGAGCAAUUUCCUUUCUGAUGCAACUCCCUCUUGAACUCUCCACAUUGAGCAACCAGUGAACAAAAGGUGCGCCUCUCUGCGCAGGAGAGGAAAGGAAACUCUGCGUCUGACAUUUAGAGGUCAAGGGCCACGUGGAAAUUUUUUUUUUUUGAAACUGUCAAGAAAAAGACGAGGAAAAGUGUCAAAUCAUCACAGGACCUGGCAGAUCUUUCGCUGUUUUGAUCAGACAGGCAUCAACAGACUGUCUCAGAGAAAGGUGUGAAAGGGGAAAAAAAAAAAAUCUUUACAUUUGUUUUCCAUGCUGUGGGUGGUGGCCAGGCUGACUCUCUGAAGCAAAUGUACUGUCUGAGAAAAUUUACAUAAAUAUAAAAGUGAAGGUGAGCAGAGGCAAAAAAGGGGGGAAAAGCUAAUGCAAUGUAUUUUUUUCCGCCCUGUGGGUACAUUGUUAUGUAAAUGUCACCCACUGAGAAUUUUCCGCGUCAGAGUUAUGAUAAUGGUCAUUAGCUUUAUAAUCUGCUGCACUUACGAGCUAAUGCGCCAUCUGCUUAAAUGAUUAUUUCCCUUUUCAAUAAUCCCUGCUCGGAAAGUAUAAUUUACCGCCCUGCUCUCUGCUGAGGGGACUGAGCUCUGGAGUGAUGUCCGCAGCCCACUAACCGUCAGAUGACAGUUUUUCAAUAGCUGACCGUGGCCUACUUCCCCCUCUAUGGAUUAAUUUUUGGGCCGCAGGCAGUUUGGAUGAACUGUUGCAGACAACGCAGUGCCGGGGAAGCAACAAAAGAGGACACACAAGAGCAGAAAAGGCACUAUUGGUAAUCUUGGUGUGAAAACAUCUGGAAAUAUAAAAUGUUUCAAAAUGUGUACCACCGCCAAAGAAGACCAGCACUUUACUUUUGUCACAUUAAUGUUGAAAUAAGUAACAUUUUUAUUGUAAGGAAAAUAAUAAAAGUAGAUUCUGAAACAAGUACACGUGACUGACACUAUGUA